GUCGAUUGACAAGAGAAAAUGUUAGCUUUGAACAGACUAGCUGGUGUUGGGCCCAAUUUUUUGGGCUUAGGAAGUACACCUGCUGUCUCGUGUGCUGUAAAGAGUGCCUAUUUGGCUAGAUCUUAUGCCACUUAUGGGAAUAACAAUAAGAACAACAAGGGCAGCAGGAACAUCAAGAGCAACAACAAAAGCAAUAAAAGCAGUAAAAACGCGGAAAAUAAAUACAAUACCAGAAACAAAGAAGAACUGAAAAAUGUUGUAAAUAAUGUCAGAGAAAAUAAGCCUAAAGUUUCUUUGACCAUUGAGGAGCAGUUGAAAAACAUCAAUUUCAAUUCAUUGGAAAUAAUAACCGAAAACACACAUUUAACUGAGUUGGAAAAUCUAGAUAAUUUGAAUGAAAAGAGAAAAUUACUAAGUAAAGAGCAUGUCAGAAUUAAGAAGCAUAAACCAACAAAUCCCGGUAUUAGAUGGUUUCGAAGACCUAUUCAUGAACAUUUGCACAAGGGAAAGCCAAUCAGACACUUGACCAUUCCCAAAAAGCAAUGGGGUGGUAGAAAUAAUUCUGGACAAAUUACCGUUAGACAUCGUGGUGGUGGUCACAGAAGAAGAAUCAGAAUUAUAGAUUAUAAUAGAUGGGAAUCUGGAAAACAGACCGUAGUUCGUAUUGAAUAUGAUCCCAACAGAUCUGCCCAUAUCGCUUUAUUGAAACACAACAAGACCGAAGAACUAUCUUAUAUCAUAGCUGGCGAAGGUCUCAGAGCUGGAGAUACUGUGGAAAGUUUUAGAAAGGGUUUUGAUAAGGAUGUUGAUGCCUCCUUAUUAGCCUCUACAAUUUGUGCAAAGGGAAAUUGUUUAAAAUUGUCAAUGAUUCCUGUGGGAACAAUUAUAAAUAAUAUCGGAAUACUUGAGAAUGGACCUGCCAGAUUUUGCAGAGGUGCCGGAACAUUUGGUAGAUUGAUGCAAAAGAUUCCUGAAAAGAAUAGAGCUAUUGUCAAACUUAAAAGUGGUGAGCUUCGUUAUGUUUCAUUGGAGGCCAUUGCAACUAUUGGCGUUGUUUCUAACGCUUCCCAUCAACUAGAAAUGUGGGGUAAAGCUGGUAGAGCAAGAAGAAGAGGUAUCAGACCAACUGUUAGAGGUGUUGCUAUGAACAAAAGAGAUCAUCCUCAUGGUGGUGGUAGAGGUAAAUCUAAAUCCAAUAAACUAUCAAUGUCUCCAUGGGGUCAAUUGGCAAAGGGUUAUAAGACCAGGAGAGGUAAACACGUAAAUAAGAUGAAGGUCAAGGAUAGACCAAGAGGCAAUCAGCAAUUGAGGGCAUGAUUUAAACAUCUGUUGUAUAUUUGUUCAAACAUAAAGAUAUAUCUUUUGUAUAUAUUCCAUCCAAUUAAUUCGUUUAAUUAAUCUGUUCAGCAACUUGGUAAUCGGAGAUUACUGCCUAAUUUGUGACCAUAUCUCCUGUAAUCCUGCUAUAACGAGGAAAACUCAUGUGAUAUUACAUACAGUGACAAGUUUUUCACUGUAUGUAUUUUGUAGAUUUCCCGCAGGAGCAAGGUUUCUGGUUUCCGAUUUA